CCAUAGUUUUUCAAUGCCGGGCAAGAUGGCGGCCACACAGAAGAGGUGUUAUUGCCAGUGGUCAUAAGGAGGAUAUUUCUUAUUGACAAUUCCGAACCGAGUUAAACGUCACCUUGUGCUCGUUCAGCGCCUCGACGCCUUUUUGGGGUUGCUUUUUUUCUUUUGCUUUUCCCUCAAAAGACAUUUCCACGCCCCUCAACAUGUUCACGUUGUAGCUCGCGGAGAGCAGUCUACCAGCUAGCCUCGCUCGCUAGCCGCAAGCCCGAGCCGCCGUCAAGGGGAGAAUGGGAGAAAAGCUGGAGCUCAGGCUCAAAUCGCCGGUUGGAGCAGAAGCCGCUGGCUACCCUUGGCCAUUACCGGUUUACGAUAAACACCAUGAUGCUGCCCAUGAAAUCAUCGAGACCAUUCGGUGGGUGUGCGAGGAGAUUCCAGACCUCAAGCUGGCAAUGGAAAAUUAUGUGCUCAUCGACUACGACACCAAGAGUUUCGAGAGUAUGCAGAGAUUGUGCGACAAAUACAACAGGGCCAUCGACAGCAUUCACCAGCUGUGGAAAGGGACCACCCAGCCCAUGAAGCUGAACAAGCGGCCUUCCAACGGGCUGUUGCGACACAUCCUCCAGCAGGUGUACAACCACUCGGUGACUGACCCGGAGAAGCUGAACAACUACGAGCCCUUCUCGCCCGAAGUGUAUGGCGAGACCUCUUUCGACCUGGUGGCGCAGAUCAUCGACGAGAUGGAAGUGAUGGAGGAUGAUACCUUCGUGGACCUCGGCAGCGGCGUGGGUCAGGUAGUGCUGCAGGUUGCAGCAGCGACCAACUGUAAACACUACUACGGGGUAGAGAAGGCAGACAUUCCAGCAACCUAUGCAGAGACCAUGGACAAAGAGUUUAAAAAGUGGAUGAAAUGGUAUGGGAAGAAACAUGGCGAGUACACGUUGGAGAGAGGAGAUUUUCUGUCUGAAGAAUGGAAAGAAAGGAUCGCUAACACAAGUAUUAUUUUUGUGAAUAAUUUUGCCUUUGGACCAGAAGUAGAUCACCAGCUGAAGGAACGUUUUGCUAACAUGAAGGAAGGUGGAAAAAUUGUAUCCUCCAAACCAUUUGCACCUUCGAACUUUCGAAUAAAUAGCAGAAACUUGAGUGAUAUAGGCACAAUAAUGCGUGUGGUGGAGCUCUCGCCACUGAGGGGCUCCGUGUCCUGGACUGGAAAGCCAGUUUCCUAUUAUCUGCACACCAUAGACCGCACCAUACUUGAAAACUACUUUGCGAGUCUCAAAAAUCCUAAACUCAGGGAAGAGCAAGAGGCAGCUCGGCGACGUCAGCAGAAAGAUACUAAGGACAGCAAAAGCAAUAGCACCACACCCACCAAAACUAAGGAACAAAAUAAGCAGGACUCCUGUGAGGAGGAGGAGCGCCCCCCAUUGGUGACUGUGGUCAAGCCAUCUGCCAAGCCCCGCCAAACAAAAGUCUUGGCCAAGGGUCGCAAACUGAAUAACAAGAAGAGGGGUCGACCCAAGAAGGCGUCACCGGCUGUCGAGAAGAAGAAGAACCAGAGCGCUUUGGAAUUGCUGCAUGCCAAGACACUUUCUGCAGCUCCCCCUCAGGAUGCAUACCUGCAACCGCGGAGUCCCUUUUACCAACUACCUCCUAAGGUUCAGCACUAUCCAGCCAAUCAACUGCUGCUGAGCCCGACCCCUCCCGGUCUGCAACAACUGCUAGAUAACAUCAAAGUUCAAUACCUCCAGUUUAUGGCCUACAUGAAGACGCCUCAGUAUCAAUCAAAUAUACAGCAGCUUUUAGAGCAGGAGAAGCAAAAACACAGGGAUUUGACCAUCCAGGCAGAGCAGCUUCAUUCCAUCUGUCAGUCUCACAAAGACAAAAUCAAAGGUCUCUUCCAGACAAAACUGGAUGAGCUGGGAGUGAAAGCUCUCACUGUGGAGGACCUGCUGCAAGCCCAGAAGGAGAUAUCGGCCCACAACCAUCAGCUGAAAGAGCAGACCAAACAGCUUGAAAGAGACAUGGCUUUACUAAGAGAUCAAAGCGUGCUGCUGCUUAAGUCUCGAUGUGAGGAGCUGAAGUUGGAUUGGGGCAAUUUGUGUCUGGAGAGUCUGCUGAAGGAGAAAAUGGCACUGCGGAAACAGAUCUCUGAGAAGGAGAGGCACUGCUUGGAGUUGCAGAUUAGCAUUGUGGAGCUGGAGAAAAGUCAACGGCAGCAAGAGCUUCUUCAGCUCAAGUCUUACAGCCCUCGUGAGGGGUCCCCUUACAGAAAGAACCUGGAAUCCCGUUCCUCCGCUGACAUGGACACCUCAAAGUUCAGCAUGUCCUCAGUCACAUCUCUCAACGGCAUAAGUCCGGACUGCUCCAUCAACGGCACUAGCUCGCCCUCUUUCGAGCGCGGGAACGCCAAAGCGGAGCUUCUUUCUCGCUAUCUGCCAAUUUCUCCCGACCACGAUCUCGCAGCGUCCAUGCCGGAGGCUCGACAGAGGCAGCACGUCUCCCACGCUCUUCCCGACUACACACGCUUCUCCCCGGCUAAAAUUGCCUUGCGCAGGCAUCUCAACCAGGAGCCCACAGUCGCUAGCCACUUGAGAGGUCCUGGGCUGCCCACACACAGAGGGGAAAUGGGUGGUCUUCACUCACCUGUCGGAGCCAAGCAGAUCAGCCCAUCUCCUAAUGCUUUAGAUUCCCAGAAUACUCAGAAGAACAAUGAGAGGGUUGGAAAGGAAAAAAGUCCAUCUGUUCAGGCAGACAGCAGUAUCACAAGCCUUCCAAUAAGUAUUCCACUGAGCACUGUUCACCCAAGCAAACUUCCAGUCAGCAUUCCAUUGGCGAGCGUGGUGCUACCCAGCCGGGCUGAGAGGCUGAGAAGUACUCCCAGUCCUGUGUCUCAGGCCAGUCAAAUCAAUGGUUAUUCGUCUAGCUCAGGGCUCAUGAAUGGAGGUCUCCACCCAGAGGAACAAAAUGGUGCUUCUUCAUCGCCUCUCCACACGAACACCCCUCUGGCGGGACCCAUGAGCAGAGGAGGUCCGAUCCAGAGCCCCACACUCGGCACCGGAGGGGUUCUUCAUUAUGCAGAUGGACCCCCGAGGAUUCUUCCAGAAGACAGCCAGGAACGUCAGGAGGCCGAGUCGGACACUGAGCCCCAAGACAAUGAGCUGCGGAGGAGAAUUUUCUUCUCCUCUUCGUCCUCCUCCUCCUCCUCUUCUUCCUCGUCAUCAGGAGGCGUAGGCGGCGUGACCGGUGGAUCGCGCCUCCACCACCACGCUGGCUCAACCAAGCAGGGAUACCACAGCAACCACGGAAACCACAACCACCAGCCACCCGGUGCGCAUCAUACUCACUUGUCGUCAUCACACCCUGCACACGGCCUCGCUACUCAAGAAGGGCGCAAGAGGGGGAGGCGGAAGCGAGGCUCUACGGGAGUCGUCACAGCCAGCGGCUCCCCAAAGCGGAGGUCCUUCCCCGGAAUCAGUGCAAACAACCAUUCCUCUGGAUCGCCUCUCAACAUCAAUUCCAUGGUGAAUAACAUCAACCAGCCCCUGGAGAUCGCCGCCAUCUCCUCGCCCGAGCAAUCGAGCCGCAGCCCGGGCGCGACGACCCUGGACCAACCUCCAGUACUAAAGCGGGAGCGCCCCUUGGAGGUCAACGGCACUGGUCUUUACUCCUCUGCCCCCAGCACUGAUGAUGAGGACUCAGGAUACCCGGCUGACAGCACCAGCUCACGAAUUGAAAGAAAGAUUGCUACGAUAUCCUUGGACAGCAGCAGAGAUGGAUCCUGUAGACUUGGCGACAGUGAAAGAGGCAGGAAGUCGGGCAGCAGCAGUGGAAACAGCACAGGCAGCGAGGCCUCGUCGUCGUCAUCUUUGUCUUCUACAAGCAAAUGGAAGUCAACUUUUUCACCCAUUUCUGACCCCAAGCAACCUAACUCUGACCCGAGACAAGGGGGCUCUCCUUUUGGAAUGGGAGGAUCAAACUCUGACGCUGAUUACAAAUACCAUCAACAGGCCAGGAAAGGGAGCGAUUUAGAGCAAUCCAGCUACACCAAUCCCAACCCUUUCCUUAGCCAAGAGGCUGGCAACCGUAGUAGCGGCAGCGGAGGAGGCCAGGCAAGCAGCGGUUCUGACCCCCGCCAACUUUUACAGAAGCAGAAAACACCUCGGGAUUGGGAGCUAAAGACGAGCAGCAGCCAUUCCAGCCAGAACCUCUUCAUAGCUGCUGCCACCGCCAGUAGCGGCGCAGGCAUACUGAGCGGCAAAGUUGGUGGCAGCCCUGUCACAGUUUCAACAGGAUCAUCGGUGGGUCAGUACCUGGGCUCUCAGUUCCCACUGGGAGGGACCUCGGUCUUACAGACAUUGUUCGGAGCCCAGACAGGAAGCUCCGGUGCGAGCACCAAUGCUCGAAUGGUCAACGGACACUCUGGCCUGGGAAGUUUCUCUAGCGCUGGGCUUGCAGGGGGAGCAGCAGGAGGUACCUUUCAUCACGCGGUUCCCUCCGUGUCCUCCCAUCAGUUUGGGGCCUCGCCGCCCACCUCUGGAGGCCUCAGCUCUCUACUCAGUCUCUCCCAACCCGCUUCCACGCGCCAGGCUUCCGCACCUUCGCCUCUGCCCCCCUCCCUGUCACAGGCCCAGCACAGUCGCACUCAGUCGGUGCUGCACAGCCCCUCCCCUCCCACGCUCGCUCUUCCUCCUCCGCCACCUUUGCACAGCGCCCCGUCCUCCAACGUGUCGACUGACACUCUCCCGCCGCCCCACUCGUCCCGUCCCUCCCACUCCUCUCUUCAUACCCAAAGGGUCCAUUCGUCCCACGUGCUAACAGUCUCCUCCUCUGUUGUUCUCCCGCCCUCCUCUUCCUCUUCUCUGUCCGUCUCCUCCACCUCUCGUCCGUACGCAGUGCACUACUCCCCCCGCUUGCCCCUACCUCCUGCCAGCAGCUCAGGUGGUGGCGGGAGCAUGCGAAGAACUCAGGGCAUGCAUGGCACCUACACCGCCACUCCGCUGCCUGGCUCCCGACCAAAAUAGGUUUUGGGGGUGGGGGGAGGGUGGCGUAAGGACUAAUCAGAGAGAGAGAAGCUUGUAGGGAGUUCAUUGUUCUCAAUGAACAAGGUAAUUGCUGAAAACUACCUCAACAUCAAAUAAACUAUGCAAAUGUCCAGGUGUGGAUCCAAGGCACUCUGCUCCUCACUCACUGGUGCUUUAAUACAUCUAUACUACCGGACCGCCUCCAAGACCGGCCUCUGUACUGAUACACACGCACGUAAACACGCAAACAUACACACUGUAGUGAUGGCCAUGAGCAGAAUUCAAAGGAACCGGUUGUGUUUAGAUGUCAUUUACUGUUUGAUACAUGAAUUUCCAACUCGGUGAAUUAAUGCAACAAGCACACGACUUCCUCUCUGAGAAUUCCCGUUGGACCUGUUCAUUGAUGUCUGCUCAAAUGUCAUCACAACUGUGUUUUUUUUUCUUUUUCUUACAUCUUAACUAUGAAGCAAGAUGAGGAAAUUCAUAUUUUAAUUAAGUUCACACUGGAUAACAAUAUACAGUUGUUUGUAGCAGAAUGGUUUGGUAUUGAUAGGACGCACCCGUUUUUCAAUUUAAUUUUUUUGUUUUUAAACUAAAAGCUUAUGAACUCAAUUUGACUGCUUUCAGAGCUCUACUUUUCUCACUAACUGGAUCCAAUUCUGUUUUUCCCUUUACUCCUCAGUAACCUCAGACUUUACAUACAUCAAAUGAGGUUACUAAUAUAUGUCAUUAGACAUAUAAAAGCGUGUUUACUUCAAAAUCUGUUGAUUUCAACUUUGUUUUUAACCGUUGAAGGUGUGAACAUGAUUUAAUAUUCUGCUAUAAACUGGUGCUCUGCUCAUUCUCUCUGGCACUGCUGUUAAGUGAAGCUAAAUCCAGGUCGAUUAUAGCAAUAAUAAUAAUAAUAAGAAUGAGGACAGGAAACAAAACGGACGCAUAUGUCUGUAUUUAUUAUUAUUAUUAUUGUUAUUAAUGUUUUCCAAGUGGCACUACUUUGAGACCUUAUCAAAGCAGGAAGUUUUUAAACCUCUUAAGCUAAACUUUGUAUAUUUAUUUGAACUGCUGGGCGCCGCGGGUGUAUGCCAGGGUUUUACGACUCUAAAAUACAUUAAACACACACACGUGCAUCCUCACACACUGGGAAAAUCUUUAACCAUUUGCCACAAAAAAACUACUGGACUACUUCUCACCUUUAUUUUUUUGUGUCGUUUGUGUUUGUACUGUGAAUAUGAUUCAUUCUCUUGACUGUACAUUUGUGAGAUUUAUAUAUUUAUGCUCCCCCCCCCACUUGCCUUUUCUUUAAUUUUUUUUAAAUCCUAAAAUGUGUUGUACAAUGCAAUAUAGUAUGUGACUCGCUGUCAGAAAACAUUGGUGCUAAAUUUGGACCGUGCCUGAUUUUAUUUAUUCUCCUAGUGGACAAAUAUCCCAAAAAAAAGAAACAUGAUACAUUGUGUUAUACACAGGGACUUAUUUUUUCUUUGUAAACCCCCCUGUUUUUGGCCUUUGAUUUAAUCUAUUUAAUAUUGUAUUGGGGUGUACAACACUUUUGGACAACACACAUUCAGUGGAAAAAAAAACACUGUUUUGUACAAAAGCGCCAACGCAAAGCUAUAUUUAAUAUGUAAUUAUGUAUGUCUAAAUAUAUAUGAGGAAAAAAAAUCUAUUGGUGCUGCAUUGUGACUCCCGCAUUCAGACUUUAGCCACCACAUGACCUUAUCAAACAAGGCUGCAACAUGCCAAGGUGCUGUGUGUGGCGGAGUCUUCUUUUUGUUGUUGUAUUACUUCAACUCUGCAGGAAAACGGACAAAUGGUGCUUCUGUUUUGAACAUGAAAUUGAAUGGUGCAAAGCAAGUCUUACAUACGCCCUUCCCGAGGAUUAUUUGGGUAUUUGCAAGAGCCGCACUGAUGUAAAACACUUCUUUGUGAGUGUUUUGGGACUCUUGUUUGAACACAAUUACUGACUGUAGGGGUGGGGAACAUUUAAUGGCCCACAUUAUAAUUUUACGAACAAAAAUUUUCUGUGGAACUGAUGGGGGAAAAAAAGUAUAUUCCCCAAAGUAUACUUAUAAAAAAUUGCUUCCAAAAUACUUUGGAAUGUUGGGCUUUUGGUUGAAAUUUCAAGAUAGCAUUAUUCAUACAUUCUUAGUUGAAAGCAUGACUGCAUUCAAAGUGUAAUUUUUUGGGACGUAUCAACUGAUUCCUUGCCAUCUGAGAUUUUCAGCCAUUAUAAAGUACUGUAUUUUUCACACUAUUAAUCGCACUGGACUAGAAGUCGCACCAGUUGAAAAAUGCGCAAUGAAGCGGAAACCUUAAGUCGCAAAUUUGUUGCAUUAUUCAUUUAAAGUCGGUCACAAACUGGAGAACAACAUUCAAAAAACCUUGUCGAUAACCUAUUGUCAUUCGGAUAAUUGUAGCCUGGACACAUAACUAGUUUACGAAAGUGUUAAUCUGACUCCAUAUUACCACCAAAUCCAUUCAAAAAAGGGCGUAGGUUUGCAGAGGGACCGUAGGGACAUAACACUGCCAACUUUUCAGGAAUGCUCUAAUUGUCCCCACCAACUUUUACGCAACCUUAUUUGCAUUAUAUAAAGAGAAAUAUAGGUCAUUUAGAUUGUCUUCCCAUAUGUUGAUAUGAUAGAAUACACCCUACCAUUAUUAAGUGAAUUAGUUUCAUUAUGUUCAGACUCAUUUAUCACUUUUCACUUGCUUAACCCCCCCAUCCCCCCCCCCCCCUCCCAAACAAACGUUUGGUUGGCUGAUGCCACAAGAAAGACACACUCACAUGCUCACACAGCCCUGACAGAUUCAUGUUGACAACAUGCCGCCUCCUCCGCCCCCUUCAGAGAGGAGAGAUAUUAGGUUUUUUUUGGCCAGCAGCAGCCACUGUAAGUCAUGUUAAAAGACGUCAAUGUUGUGGAAGUGAGAACAACGCCACUAAUUUUGCUAUUGAAAGUCCAACCUGCAUCAAAGUUAGCAUAACAUUAAACUUGCUAACCUGCAAAACUACUGCGGUUAGGCCAGCCUCCUCAAGUAACAAAGUAAAGCUAGCUGUCCCUUAUUUGGAUCAUCGUUUGCAUUAUGUGCAUUACGGUAAUAUCGUCCCUACCAAUGUUAAGACCAAACCUAUGCCCUAGCAUUCAAGUCUUCACGUCCAGGUUAUCUUCUGAACUACGCUACCAACUCUGGAACUAGAGGGGCAGACCUAGCUCAUCCUUAAUGUAACUGUCAGUGUGAAAAAGAAACUUAUGGCACACCUGAAUAUAAGCCUCAGACCCAGCCAUAUGAAAAAAAAAAAUUAUGGUAUUUUGACAGAUUUUAAAACCCACAUAAAAUUCAGGUUUAUAUAUUUUUCAUUUUUCUGAUCUUUUAUAAUAAGAAAAAGUAGUCACACCUUUUGUCACUGAUUGUUUUUCAUCAGUGUGAUUUUCUAAAGAUCUAAGUAGGACAAGAAUGGGCAAGAAACCACAAAAAAGCUAGGUUCAUACCGCAGGUCUUAAUGCACAAAUCGUAUGUUGAUUUCCAAAAGACACAAAUAACAUAAAUAAUCCCCGUUUAGUCUGAUAUUCAAAGUUUAUAUGGCUUGAUAGCAUGCACGCACACAUAUACAGACAGUUUGCCCCGACUCUCAGCCGUGUAAGCAAUCUUGAAAUAUUGCUUAUUUAGAGCACAAAUGAAAACCGAGCAAUCCCAGGUGUUACGAGUACCCCUGGUGGUCAGGGUCCACGAGCGUAACAUAAGACGGCAGGUAUGAAAGGAGGAGGCCGUGACAAAUUUGCAAAUUAAAAGUUUAACAGAAAAAAAACAAUGGAUACAGAGCACACACACAUUUACCCAACCCCCUGCACUAUGCAGCAAACACUAGGGCUGCAGCUGUCGAUUAAUCGAUGAACUAGUUGGUUCGAAUAAUCGGAUAAGCAACAUGAAAAAUUAAAAUACCUCAGCUGAGCCUCAAACGGUAUAAGAUUUUUUUUUUUUUUUUUUUUUUUUUUUUUUUUUUUUUUACAAUGCUCUUAACAAAUGGUUCAGACACAUAUUCCUACAAAAAACGGCUAAAUAUACCUAUAAACUAAAUAACGAAUGCAUUAAAAAACCAUUAGUUCAAACAAAAACUUGGCCUAUUUUGGUCUUAACAUUCAGCAGCUGGAUUCAGCCAUUUGAAAUGAGGCUGACUAGAGGGCAGUGUAUCCACCCAAAAUCAAUAAAACUAAAUACAAACACUUUCAAAAUUUACCAUUGCAACGCUACUUUAAUUAAACGAAUACUCGAAGCAGCAAAAUUUAAUUUAAAUCUUUUUCUAAUCGAAUACCCGAGUUAAUCGAUUAAUUGUCGCACUACUAGCAAACACCAAAAUAAAAAGUUCCCCAACUAAACCUAGAACCCAAAACAACCCCCAAACUAAAUCAGUACAGUGGCAGGCACCAACAGUGCCCCAAAAUACAUGGGUGGUGUUGCCGCCCUAUUUAAUGGAGUAAUACAGAGGGUUACCUACGUGAGGUGGGAGACACGAUGUAUACCUGCAGGUGUAUACCUAAAGUCCCUACCUCUGUGCUCUGUGCCAACCUAAAGGAAAAAAAGACGAGAUCAUUAAUAAACAAGUGGCAAAAAGUAAACUUCAUAAACAGAACAACCAAAGUAAAAAACAUAACCAAAUGGAGAGCUGCCACCGCUUCUCCUGAACAAACCAAACAAUUCAACUUCUACAUAUAGCAGAAGGAAGAACACAUGAUUGGAUGAGAAACUGAGAUGAAGUGGUUCCAGCUGUGGAGGCCCUCUGUGAUCACACGGGUGGAAACUACUGCAAAGCAAAAAUACAGGUGAAAACACAACAUACAAAGUGAAAGGGAAAAUGAACGCACAUGAACAAAAGGAUAAAUUACUCUCCAUCUGUAACACCAGGCUUAUCCUCGAUCUAUGGCUGUUGUCAAGCCAACCUCUUCCCAAAAUGCCAAGUUUAAGCUAGGCGCUAAUGUACAGCUCCAAUGUUGCAGUCCUCCGUGCCUCUCGCUCUUUGCUGACGUACUUGCUGCAUGAAUUCCGAUUUGGGGGACUUCCCGACGGUUAAGACCGCAGCCAAAUUCUGGGAAAAUUUGGCCCAGAUCGGAUUUUAACCGCAUACGAAAGUGGCAUAGAUCGGAUUUGAAACGGUCCACUUUUAUGCGACCUGUCCCGUUCAGACCAUCAAAUUAAUGCCUGACUCGAGUCAAAAAAACAUGAAAAAAAAUCUGAUUUGUGCAUUAAAACCUGCGGUACGAAAGUGGGCUGCUCCAAUUUUUUUCCAAAAUGUCCAACAGUUCUAUUUUAUCGCGACUUGCAUUCUGUAGUGGAGCAUUCACAGUAGCCCUGAACGAGGUAUUGUUUGAACACCGUCAUCGCGAUGUGCGGAUCCGCAAUACUCGCAUUGCAAAAACAACGAUAUUUUUGGCAGUAAACUCGUUUUUCUGCUUCAUGCUCGGACAGCGCAACAACUUCACUCACGUUUUGACGCUCAUGCUGCCGAGGACAGCCUCUUAAUUACACAAUGAAUGAGUUGUCUUUGAUAGCAGUGCCACAGAGCCGUAUAUGGCAAAGUCAAAGCCACAAACUUGUAAAUUAACAAUAACUUAAGUACAAAACAAAGCUGCACUGUUGAGCAAGAAGAAAAAAAACUGGUCGCACUGCUAAGCAGGAGAGAAGUGUGAGGCUGAGUGGACUCACUCAAUAAAGCAUUUAAUAUAGGCAACCAUUUUUUGAAGUUAUGCAUGUGCUUCCCGUGCCUGAGUGGGUUUUCCCGGGAUUCCUGCUGAUUGAAUACUAUAAUUUUCGCACUAUAAGGCGCACAUGACUAUAAGCCGCCGCCCACCAAAUGUAACACGCGCAGGACAGUAAGCUGCAGCUGUCCUGGUGUAAACACGGCUGUGUUAACACCAAAAGGUAUUAACCGUUAGCACUUUAUUUGACAGCGGCGUCAUAAGACUGUCAUGAGACUGUCAUAAGACGAAAUGAACCACAAUGAAGCUUUAACCGAAUGGGCUUCAUUGCUUCAAGAGGCGUCAUUUGACCAUCACUGCUCCCUUUGGAGAAACAGCCAACCUCUUCUGCCACCUGCUGUCAACACUGUUGUUGUCUAACAUGCCUCCUAGCAUGCAUAGCAGGGCUACAGAUGAAAAUAAUCAAAAUUCAUGUUCUGUGCUAAUUACCGUAUUGGCCCCAAUAUAAGAUGGCCCUGAUUAUAAGACGACCCCCUCUUUUUCAAGACUCAAGUUUGAAAAAAGACUUUUUGAGCACCAAAUUAAUUUUUAUACAGAAAGUAAUUACAGUACAUCUGAAACAAAUGAUUAUAACAAUAUAUUUGAGAAAAAAAGCAUGUUAUUUUGCUUCAUUCAAAUCUUAAUAUCUGAACAUUUAAAUAUGUAAAUUAAAGUGCAAUCACAUUCAUAAAUGAAUGGCUUCUGGUUUUUGAAAUGUAAAUAAACCAAUCUAUUGUGAUAAAACAAGAUUGCAAUAACUGCACUAACCAUCAACACAAAGUCUAACUGUAGUCUUGAAACAAAUCUAAACAAGGAAAAACAUUGCAAUAAAAUAAUGCAAACUGGUUCAACUUGAGAGUAGCUGAGAUCUUUAAUGACAAAACAUCGCUUCAAUGAUAUUUUGCGCCAUCUAGUGUCGUGAAUGGGUACAAUGUCUAGACCGCGAAUAUGACGACCCCCACUUUUUCAAUCUUAUUUGAAUGCAAAAAAAUCAUCUUAUAUUCGGGCCAAUGCGGUAUUUAUUCAGUUACUGUUCCAUUUGUUUCAUUAAUUUCUAGUUCUGGUUUUUGGUAACACUUUGUUUGCCACUGUCUUGAGCAUUAAUAAAUGCUUAUAACAGAUGUCAUUUAGUGUUAAAUUAUCUCACUUUUGAAUGGAUGUAAAAGAUCUGAGCUGGAUAUAAAUGGAGUUAGUAACAUACUUUGCUGGACGAAAAUGACAUCUGUCAUAAACAUUCGGUAAUGCCAAUGAUGGUGUAAUGUCAUAAUUAUGACUGUCUUAAGUAGGGGUGUGACAAAAUAUCGAAAUGGUGAUAUAUAUUGUGAUACUUUUUAUCCCAAAAGGUUAUCGAUAUGCUCCUGUCAAGAAUCGAGAUAUCGUUUUGAAAAGGUGUCAAAAUAUUUAAAAAAAAAAAAAAAAAUGCUACAGGUCAGUGCUCGACGCCCAAUCGAUUUAGACUGGGAAACGUUUGUUCAUUCAAAACCAGAGCAUUCACAGGUAUUCGGUCCGAUUUACAGGUCACUUGUUCAUUUUAGGGCAUUUACAGGCCAUUUACUGUUGAGUUUGAGUCACUGCCUAUUCAUUUGGGUGAUUCCCAGGUCACUUCCUGUUCUGUAACUCAAAAUGAACAGGUCACUUCCUGUUCUGUAACUCAAACAGGAAGUGAUGUUUACUUUGAGUUACAGAACAGGAAGUGACCCAUAAAAUACCCCAAAAUCAACAGGAAGUGACUGAAAAUCAACAGGUAAAUGACCUUAAAUGGCCCAAAAUUACCUCAUUGCCUGGCAUUGGCCGCCGCUGACGGCCAUAGACGUUCAAUCUGUUUGAAGUGGAAGGGAUGGGAUGAACAUUCGUUCAUUCGCUGCCACCCUCCCAGUUCAAAUGGAUUGGACGUCUACUAGUGAUAAACUCAUUCCAAUUCACAGCAGAAGCUUGUUUUUCUGUUUAUUAGUUGUUUGUAGAAUAUCUUAGAAUCCUUUCCUGACCAAUGUACCGAUAAUCCUCGUAUCGCCAUAACGUCAGAUCGUUAUCAGGAGCUUUGUAUCGCAUAUCGUAUCGUGAGGUGCCAAGAGGUUCCCACUCCUAGUCUUAAGACAGACUUAUGACGCCACUGUCAAAUAAAGUGUUACCAAAUACCAUAACAAGCAAUUAAUGAAACAACUGGAACAGUAACUGAACAUAUAAUUAGCAGAGAACAUGAAUUUUGAUUGUUGUUUACAUCUGUAGCGCUGCAAAGCAUGCUAGGAGGCAUGUUGGGCAACAACAGUGAUGGCCAAAUGAAGCUUCUUGAAGCAAUGAAGCUUUGCAGCCAAUUGAUUCAAAGCUUCACGGUGGUUCAUUUGGUCUUAUGACAGUCGUAUGAUGCCGCUGUCAAUUAGUGUUCCCGGAUAAUAUCUUUUGGUGUAAAUAUCCCAUAAUAGAUUGAGGACAGCUGCGGCUUAUAGGUCAGGUGCGCAUUAUAGUGCAAAAAUUACAGAAGAUAUUUUGGUGUCAUGAUGUGAAAAUGUGAUCAAGAUAAAGAACACUGUUUAUAACCCCAAUUCUGACAAACAGGAAGUUUCACCUGUUGUGAAAUUGAAACAUUCAAGAUUAAGACUUUCAUUUACAAAGAUUACAGCGCAUUUUUGGUCUAACUUGCUAUUUCACCCAAAAGCCCAGAUAUCUUGUAGAGUCAUUGAGUACACCAAAUGUCUGCUGAUGUUCCCCACCCUGCUGUAGUCUCAUUUGUAGCCAGCACUGAGUCGUUUUUAUGCUUUUUAAAAAUCAUUAGUGACAUUUUUGUCAUAUCUCUGUGGUUAAAAUUUGUCUUACAGAUUCCUGUCCUGUUUGUAGAACUGCUAGUCGGACAAGACAGCUUGGUGCUCUCCUUCACGUAAAACAAGGAUGUUUUUAGCUAAUCGUUCAAAAAGCGACUCUUUUGCCGUCGUUCCUUUUGUUCUCGUUGGAAAAAAACGGAAAGAUUUUUUGGGAUGUGCAAGUGAGAACCUGCUUAUUAUUUCAGCUUCCAGACACUUUUGUAACUCUGUGUCAUACAUGGAUUGCAGUGAUUUUGUUAAAUAUAAAAUACAUUAUUGUCGCUUCAGAAGUAUGGUGGUUUGUCAAAACACCCACAAUGGCACGGGAGAUUGAACAAAGUCAAAUGGCAAUUGUUUAAAUGUGAUGUAGCAAAUCAUUCGACAGUGAGCUCUCACUUGGAAAAAAAACAGAUUUUGUUGUUGUUGUUGCUGUGUUACCUUUUUCUAUGCUGUCUGGCCCGGGUAGCAUACAAAGUAGACUGUAACGAUCCGAUAAAGUCAAUGCUAAAACGAUUUUUCUUAAAAUUUCUGGAAUGUAUCAGCAUCUAAAUUGUCAAAAAUAUCAAAAUUACUUUAUAUUUCUUUUAGCUUUCAGCAAAAUUAGUAAUGUGAAAAAAUUAGGACACCUCAUUAAAUAUUCAGUUUUUUAUGAUAUUCACUGAUCUUGUUUUUCUUUAAGGAAAAAGUGAUUUAACAGCAGCUAAACAACAUUGUUUUACUCAUUAAACCAAAUUUAGCAACAAAAAUGCAUAUUCUAACUGAGGAAAAAGU